AUGCCUACCGAGUUGGAGGAGCUGGUGGAAUUUCUACACCAUGGAAACACGCAGAUACGGCAGGUCGCUGCAGAGCAUCUGGUAGGAUACUCGCAGGCGGAUCUGCCUCUCUUCAAGCGCAGCCAGCUCGAACCCGUCAAAGACCUUAAGCUCCUCGUAAAAGACUACGGGCCAAUCGCGAAGAAUGCUCUGACCAUCCUCAUCAACAUCUCGCACGAUGGUGAAGUCCUCAAGUCGCUCGCCAACGAUGACGCCUUCCUCGAGACACUACUUUCGCGAAUAACCAACAAGAAGGAGCCCAAUGCCAACGAGAUUGCCAUGUUGCUCGCCAAUAUGGCAAAGGACGACUCGCUGCAGCGCGUGCUGGAGCUCAGGCGCGAUAUUCCUAAAGAGCUCUCAAAGUCAGAAUGGGCGAUGGAUCAGUUGAUGGACUGCUUCGUCAAGGGUGCCGAAGGAGGCUACAAUAAAGAUGCGGACUACGACUACUUGGCCUACUUCUUCGCCGACCUGUCAAAGUUCCCCAAAGGCCGCGAGUAUAUGACCACGCCGCAAGCGCAUGACUCCGACAUCAUACCUCUGACAAAGCUGCAAGUCUUCACAUCACAUGCCUCGCACAUCCGCCGCCUCGGCGUGGCCUCGACUAUCAAGAACUGUGCCUUCCACGUCCCUGCCCAUCAGACAUUGCUUUCGAACCUUAACCCCGAUCCGACUCUCCCACCACCGCACAUCGGUGCAAAUCUACUUCCGUACCUUCUUCUCCCGCUCAUGGGACCUGAAGAAUACUCAGACGAAGACACAGAAGGCAUGCUCGAUGAGCUACAACUGCUAGAGCCGGACAAGGAACGAGAGAAGGACAUUGAAGUCAUGAAGACACAUCUGGAGACUCUAUUGUUGUUGAGCACAACCGCCGAGGGCCGCAAUGUGAUGAGGCAGAUUAAGGUGUACCCAAUCGUACGCGAGUGUCAUCUUCACGUUGAGGAUGAAGGCGUAAGGGAAGCUUGUGACCGUGUCGUGCAAAUCAUUAUGCGGAACGAAGAGGGCGAAGAAGGAGAGAUACCCGAAGGAGCCGUUGGUGCGGCGGGAGCAGAUGCAGGUAGGAUGGUGGAGCUCAAGGAUGAGAACGAAGACGACGACGACCAGAUAGUCGAGAUAUGUUGA